CCCUCGCACUUGCUUGCGCACAGUUAGCCACUUGAUCCUACCUCGUGCGCACUUAGCGCCGAGUUGCCUUGCGUAGUGACAAUGCUUGCCGCCAAGUCAGUCGUGGGCCAGCGUGCCUUCAAGGCGUCGGCCACGCGCGCCGCGCCUAAGGGUGCUCGCCGCGCUGUUGUUGUGAUGGCCCGCAAGAGUGAGGUCAGCGAGUCCUACGCUAAGGCUCUCGUCGAGCUGGCCGACGAGAAGGGUAAGCUGGAGGCCGUGCAUGCCGAUGUGGACGCUGUUUCCAGCUUGAUGAAGGAGAACAAGAAGCUCAGCGACCUCAUCAUGAAUCCAAUUGUUGAUGCUGACAAGAAGCGCGCUGUUCUGGCGAAGAUCGCUAAGGAGGCUGGCUUUCAGCAAUACACGGUGAACUUCCUCAACCUCUUGGUGGAGAAGGACCGUUUGUCGCUGGUGCCGGAGAUCUGCGAAUGCUUCGAGGACCUCUACUGCCAGAUGACUGACACCCAGGUCGCUACUCUGCGGUCCGCCGUGAAGCUGGAGCAGGAGCAGCAAUUCCUGAUCGCCAAGAAGCUGCAGGAGCUGACCGGCAGCAAGAACAUCAAGUUGAAGCCUGUCAUUGAUUCCAGCCUGAUUGCCGGCUUUGUUGUGGAGUAUGGAAGCAGCCAGAUUGACCUGUCCAUUCGCGGACAGAUUGAGCGCGUCGCUGACCAGCUCACGAAGGAGAUGACCGCCAAGCUGGCGUAAGCUUGGAGUGCAAUGGCAAUGUAGGGCAGUGUCGCUUGGGCAGAUUGGGGUGUGAUGAGCGUUGUGUGCAGCGAACUUGCAUACGCUGCACCUCAGCAGUGCCGGGGCGGCUGACUGGGGUUGGCAUGUAGACGCGUAGUUCCGGAGAUAUAACAUAGGCAGCAUACACACGAUUGGAGUAGAUUCCAGCGGAUGGGUGUGCGUGACUAACUGUGUGAUGCUAUGGUUUGGCACGCCGUAUCGGCGCAGCUUCGAAGAGCAGAUUACUUUGUCUAUGACUUCGAGGGCAUAGCAAUUUUGCUAUUUUGCUUAAGCCACAUGGGUGAAUUGUCUCCUGAAGAUGGUAUGCAUGUUGGACUUUUGCCUUGGUGAUACACUUUUACCAUGUGCAAGCGCUCCCGCGGACAUUUUGUGCUGGGGCAGCUUUGGGGUUAGAAAGCUCCUUGGGUCUGCGAGCCUGACACACCAGAUUACCUCCUGAAAGGAGAUUUCGCCUUGUAAUUGAAAUGGAGUGCCU